AUGUCUUACUUCGACGAUCAUAACCUAGAUCCUAAUAGUCCUGAUGGCAGAAGGCAAGGAUCAAACAGCACCCGCUCUCAGCAAACCUUAGCGCUGGCUCUCAAUCAGUUUUUCGUUGGAGGAACCGCCGAAGCCUCUGAAGUUUCGUCCGCUCUCCAAGUGAUCAACAGUGAACUAGCUGAACAAUUACUUGAACAAUUGAAGGAACCUUCAGAAGGGGUUGACGAUGAGUUUCUUGCACUGUUGGAACGCGUCUCGCCCAAAGUGAUUGAAAAAGAACAGUGUCCUAUUUGCACAGCUAACUACUGUGAAGAUCCCCAUCCCCUUGUUGUCAAACUCCCCUGCUCCCUUAAGUCAGGGAGUAUAGAUCACCACUUUGAUUUAGAGUGCAUCGGGCCGUGGUUGAAGGUCAAUUCCACGUGUCCGCUUUGUCGUUUUGACGUUCAUGACAUUAAGAAGCUCAAACGAGAGAAGUUAGAGCGAGAACUCAAAGAAGCGGACGACGAGGAUGAGGAUGACUGGGACGACAAUUACGGGUGA